AUGGUCAUGGAACACAAUGACCAGGAAGAACUGGGAAAAUGCGAGUAUUGUGGGACGCACAAGACUGCUAGAAGGCUUGUGAACUCCAAUGUCGUCGAAAUAUAUCAUCGUAUCAAGAAGAAUGAUCAACAGCUGACGUACUACAAUAGCGGCAUUGGAACAUACCCUUCCCGCAAGUUCUCCUGGAAGCUCAUGAAAACCCAUUUGGACAGUCUAGUCGAUCUUGCUAUUGCGUGGUGGGACUUAUAUAUGCCGGAAAUGAGGAACAAAUUCCGUUCGCCUAUGAGCUCUAUGCAGCCUCAGGGGACAAGAAGCCAAGCGGGGGGGGAAACAUCAAUUGCGAGCCGUUUCAAGGAGACAUUCUCUAGGCCGAAUGUCAGGGUCCAUUUCAUUGGUGCAUGGGAUACCGUGUCCUCUGUCGGACUACUGCCUUCUAAGGCUUUACCCAAGACUCGAACAGCCGAUCAUGUCUGUGUCGCUCGGCAUGCCCUUGCCUUGGACGAGCGUCGAGUCAAAUUUGCCCCAGAGUUCCUGCAAACGACACGCUUGGAUAAUAUUAACACCACUGCAGUCAAUGCUGUUCCGCCUACUUGCGUGACAUCCACAGAAACUUCAUGGAUGGCAAACGAAGCGCAAGCCGAAGGGCUUACGUUCAAUGAUUCGAAUGUCGAUUGGGAGAUGUCUAAGAUUCAAGAGCAAAAGCCUCGCGAAUUAUUGCGCUGGUGGUGGUGGCUUGCCGAGGCGAUACCUUUCCUCCGCCGUCAGGAAGAUUGUCUCAAACCUCACCAAUGGUUUGUGGCUGUUUCUAUUACCUUUACACGUGCUGAUUCACGUUCUAGAAUAAUACCUCACAUGGGUGCUCACCGCAUCAUUUAUCCUGGUCAAAAGAUUCACCUUUCCGUGGCAUUGAAGAGAAAAUAUUUGCCCAAGGCUCAGUUUCAUGCAUAUUCUUCGACCGCGCACUCUCCCGCUUGGAGUACCAUUUUGGGGAAGGACUUAGAUGCUAAUGAAGGUGACACUCAGGAUGCCUCGAAGUAUGGCUGGAUGGACGACUUAGGUGAUAUCCUCGAGCUCGACCUCUUUGAUAUUACUGCGAUCCCAGAGCUGGUAAAGAAGCUAAGUCAGCCUCAGGAUUCGAAAGUAGCACUUGACCGUUUGUUCGUUCUUGCUCAUGACGUCCACCGGACUCGUGCAAUUGUGGAAGCAGGUCGUUCAAUCGGACGUAGCCUUUGGAGGAUUGCACAUGUCAACCGCGAUGCCCCAGACCUGUUGAGAAGCGUCCUGAGACUGGUUGAACGACUUGUUACCGAUGAUGCUGGAUUGCAGGCGCUUUGGGACUCCAGCCUCGUGUUGUUGCUGUCUGAUCAUGUAGGAAACAGUGUCCAGGAGGACAGCAAUCCUUCCGAAACGCUGAGACUGCUACGACUCUAUCCGUCACUAUACCGGCAUGUACAUACCGUUUCAGAGUACACGGUAUACCCAUAUACGGAACUCAUAUUGAGCAAGACAUUACAUACAGAAUGGGCAGCGAUCGCUGUUUCUGCAUACGCAACACUCGUGCGACGAUGUGAAUGGAAAACGGCCGAUGUAAUAGAAGAGCUUGUAUCUCUCUUUGUUGGUUCUACUCUCUCACAUGAGACCAGUGCGAUCACAGCGCAAGCGUUGUAUGAAAAUGUGACCUUGUUUAGGAUGCAGCCUGACUCGGACCCCAAAGUCGUCCAAGAUGUUAUUUUCCAGUCAGAUCCUGAGAAGCAGAUUAAAGCCUCAUCCUUUGCAGACACAUGGAGUGCGCAUAUUGAGCAGAUGGGACAACGUGCUUUCAGACCUGCAUUUCUGCGCUGGGUAGAAGAAGAGUCACGUCGCCAAUGGACAUAUCGCUCCUUCCUCUUGUUGUGCCUGGUGGAAGUAGCCAAGGACUGUGGUGAUCGAUUCGCUGAAUGCCUUCCGUCGGAGUUCGUUCAAUGUGUCGUGAAAUUCACAAGCAAUGAUGCCGAUGGAUAUUUCGGUUAUGAGCUCGUCGAAUUACUCAACUACAAAGACGCCGUACGCGCGUAUCAUUCGGGGCAGAUGAAUCAUGAGGAAGAGAGCGAGGGUUUCUCGGAAGAGCCCCAAUCUACUGGAUCGCGCCGCAAUGCAGACGAAACGCGCCAGAUGUGCAUAGUUGCCAAAUGCGCCAUUGCCUCUGCACGUCCCGCCUUUGGUAACGUGGGCAAAGCUCGCGCAGACAUUCACCAAUCGCCGGCGUGGCGCAGAGUCUGGCAGAGGCUCAUGACGAUUACUGACAAGGGUGGCGCAACUGGCGAAUGGCAUUUCUUCACGCUGGAGCUUCCUCCGCCUCGCUGA